AUGGAUGGAAACAAAACCUUUCCCAGUGACUUCACCUUUGUGGGACUCUUUACCCACAACAAGACCUCAGAGUUCCUUUUCAGUGUUAUAUGUGCCAUAUUCUUCAUGGCCAUAGUAGCAAAUGGGCUCAUGAUCUUUCUCAUUCACAUAGACCCUCACCUCCACACCCCCAUGUAUUUCCUCCUCAGCCACCUCUCUUUCAUCGACAUGAUGUACAUCUCAACUAUUGUGCCUAAGAUACUGAUUGAUUACAUCGUGGGCAAAGGGACCAUCUCCUUUGUUGCCUGCACAGCCCAGUACUUUCUCUACAUGGGCUUUGUAGGGGCUGAGUUCUUCCUGCUGGGACUUAUGGCCUAUGAUCGCUACGUGGCUAUCUGCAAUCCACUCCGUUAUCCUGUCCUCAUGAGUCGGAGGGUCUGCUGGUUUAUUCUGACCAGCUCUUGGUUCGGUGGGGCUUUGGACAGUUUUCUCCUCACACCUAUCACCAUGAGUCUCCCAUUUUGUGCAUCCCACAAGAUCAAUCACUUUUUCUGCGAGGCUCCCACAAUGCUGAGGCUAGCCUGUGGUGACAAAGCCAUAUAUGAAAUGGUGAUGUAUGUCUGCUGUGUUGUGAUGUUGUUGGUCCCCUUCUCUGUGGUGAUCACAUCCUAUGCCAAGAUACUGGUUACAGUACAUCAGAUAAAGUCUGAAGAAGGAAGGAAGAAGGCCUUUGCCACUUGCUCAUCGCACGUGAUUGUGGUGACAUUGUUUUACGGGGCUGCCUUGUACACCUAUAUGCUUCCCCAAGCAUACCACACCCCACUCAAAGAUAAAGUCUUCUCAGCCUUUUACACCAUCCUCACCCCCUUGCUAAACCCUGUUAUUUACAGUCUGAGGAACAGAGAUGUGGCAGGGGCAUUGAAAAGGGUGAUAGCAAGACAUAGAGGGACCUGCAGUGUGGAAAGGAAACAGUUACAAUAA